AAGAAGAUGAAGAAAAAAUCAAUAAAGAAGAUAAACAAGAAGGUAGCGAAAGAAUUGGUGAAGAAAGCUGUAAAAUAUUAUGGUUAUAUUUUUACACAUUCAAUCCAUUUAUUUUUGACUUGGAUGAUGGUGACCCACCCCCACCAUCAUUACCAUUCGUUAAAAAUGAAAUUGGACUUGAUUGUUUUUCUUGUUUUUCAUAAAUUGGUGUACUACUACCUGAAUUUGUAACGCAGUGGAUAACAUGGCACCAUAAUAUACAUAUUAAACAAAUUUGUAUCUUAGAAGAAAGCUGUAAAAUAUUAUGGUUAAGUUGAAUAUUUUAUCGCAAUAUUUGGAGUUUUUCUACGUUAUACUAUACAAUCACCAUCAAAAGCGAAUGAUAUUGAAAUAAUGAACGGUGAACUCAAAGAUCGAAUUGAUACCGUAAAAGGAAUGAUCAACCUAAUUGACAGUAAAACAAGAA